AUGACCCAAACCUUCGACUACAACAAGAAACAGGCUAAGGCUGCAGUGCAUGCUCUUUACGAUCACCAUAAAUCGAGAGAAUCGGGCGAUCUCCUUGCCGACGAAGAGCCUCCUCUCUAUGUACAGAUCGUGACCAAGGAAAUGUUUGUUCCCAAACGUCAAUCGGCUGGUGGAAAGAAAAUCAAAGCAAAGCAUGCCCUUUAUCCCUCGGAUACCAGCAUUUGUGUAUUUGUCAAAUCGGAUGCAGAAGAUAUUCAAAAGGAACUUGCAAAUGGUGGAUUCAAGAACCUUCAAGUCAUUGAUAAGUCUACAUUGGAAGGAUCCUACAGCACGUUUGAAGCACGACGGAGAUUGGCCAAUGCUCAUGAUUGUUUCUUUGUCGAUGAUCGCAUUGUAUCAUUCAUGCCAAAACUUUUGGGUAAACCCUUCUUGGAAAAAGUGAACAAGACGCCUAUGCCCGUCAACGUUGCUUCCUCUGCAAAGAUCAACCAGAUGAAUACUGCUCUUCGUGUACAAUCUUACAGACCCAAAGGAGGUGUCAUCAACCUCUUGCGAGUCGGUCAUCUUGGCUUAUCUGAAAAAGAAAUGCUCGAAAACUUGGAUGCCAUUGUAAAGGAAUACCUCCGUGUUUCUAACACCAAGUCAGAGGCCAUCCAGGAAUUGUCAUUAAAGUUGGCAAAGAGCCCCGCACUCCCAUUCUACAAUUCGCUUCCCUAA